GCCAUCCUGGCUCUCCCCAACCUCGUCUCGGCUCACUACUUCUUCCCCCAUCUCUACGUCAACGAUGUCAAGUCGGCCGAGUACGAGUACGUCCGCCGCUCGACUCAGGGUUUCCAGCCUCACUUUGGCUUCGAUAUCCUCUCUAGCAACGAGAUGAGGUGCAACACUGGCGCCCAGGCCAACGCUGGUUCUACCAAGGUUGCCGAGGUCAGCGCCGGUGACACCAUUGGCUUUGGCACCAACUUGGACGGCAACAUCCAGCACCCUGGUGCCAUCCAGGUUUACAUGUCCCGAGCCACCAACGACGACGUCAAGUCCUACGAUGGCUCUGGAGAUUGGUUCAAGGUCUAUGAGCUUGGUGCCAACUUCCCCAUGCAGGCUUCCGGCGAGAACUGGCUCAUCUGGAACAAGAACCGCGUCGACUUCACCAUCCCCGCUGAGGUCCCCAGCGGCGAGUACCUUGUCCGCAUUGAGCAUCUUGCUCUUCACCGACCCAGUGGAACCGAGUUCUACUUCAACUGCGCCCACAUCAAGGUCACCAACUCUGGCAGCGGCCAGGAGCCUACCGAUGUCGUCAAGAUCCCUGGUGUCUACGACAGCAACACUGAGGGUCUGUCUCCCAACUACAGCAUCUACAACGGUGCCACUUCUUACCCCAUGCCUGGACCUGCUAUCUUUGGUGGUUCCGGUGCUUCCUCUAGCUCU